UUUUGCACAAUUUCAAGACAUCCAUUUAAUUAGAUCAUUGAAGCUUGUAAAUCCUGUCGACCAGACAAACACCAAAAUGCAAAUGCAGAGCACGCCAAAGACACUGCUUGACAACUUCAAAACUGAUGAUAUAUUCACUCACGUGAUACUGCACCAUGACAACAGCAAGUCACAUGACAUGAAUAAUUGCGAAGAGGCACUGCAUGAUGGGAAAUGCAAAAUGAUGAGCAACUGGGCCAAUGCUUUCAGAGACAAAACAGAGAAAUCAAAGUCUAUAUUACUAGUGGGCCAACGUGGAAUAGGCAAAACUCUAUUCACCAAAAAGCUUAUUGAUGACUGGAGUCAAGAUGGCGGCGUGUUUGGGAAAGCUGGAGAAGAAGACUUAGUCAAUGGUGUUUGUAAGCUAGGAUACUUGAUGUCCGUUGAAGAGCUUAACUCUUUUGAAGAGAAAGAAUUCAGCCUUGUGGAUUUGCUCAAACAUGUUACAGGGGUGAGCAAGAACAGUGAAAGGACUACUUUGGUCGAGCAGCUCAUCCAGAAUCCCGAAAACUUGCUUUUGGCUUUUGAUGACUUCGAUGAAUUCAAAGACCUAGUUCAAUGUAUGGAUAGUAAUCUUGAAAGUACGUUUCCUGAUGACCCAAACACGAAAAUGCCUUUGAGUUUAUUGAUAAAUAGAUGUUGUACAUUUGCCAAAGUCAAUUAAUGAGCUUUAUAGUAAUGUAACAGAAUCAAUUGAAACGAACCACAACGUGGCAACUUUGGAAAAUACUACAGGAGGCAGCGCAGAUGCGCCAACACUGGCAAUGCUGUCUCAACUAGCAGUCAAUUUGGCAUUAGAUCAGAGAUGCAGUUUUUUUGAAGAAGACAUUAAGAAGCUCAAACUCAGAGAUCCUGAAGUAGCCUACCUUAAGUCGAGUAGCCUGGUAUAUCGCACGUCUUGCCGAAGAAAACCAGAUGAAGUGGUCUUUGAAUUCAGAUUUUGCCAUCCAACUGUUCAAGAUUAUUUCGCUGCUUUGGGGUUUGUUCGCAAAAAGGAAACGCCUGGGAGAAAACUUGGGUUCUUCUCAAGGAGACAGGUGGUAGCAGUUGGUGAGAUGGUCGUACAGUUCAUGGCAGGGAUCAUGGAUUCUGAAAGGAAUAAAGGAUUGCUGCUUAAGCUGAUAAAGUACAUUGGAACCCCAAUGGAGUAUACUGCAAGUCACAGAAUACUAAUAUUGAGAUGUUUGUAUGAUUUCGGUAAUGAAGAAUUCGCUGCUUCACUUGUUAAAAAGAAUCAGAAGAAUUUAUUCUGGGAAAACGAGGGGAUUAUUAGAAUAUACCACUAUACUGAGACCGAUUGCCAAGCUGUUGUUUUCCUUCUCGAUAUCAUAAACAACUUAACAGAGAAAAAGCAAAUCAAAGGAAUGGUUCCUCCUGAGACAUUGCACAUUGAGAAUUCUUCUUGCAUGACCUGUAAUGAUUUAGAGGACAUUUUCUCUUCGUUGGCACACAUCCACUGCCCAGUUAGAAAACUUUUUAUGAGUAAUUUUCAUUUCAAUGAUGGCAAUUUGGAAUCUUUAAGCAAGUGCUUGCCAGCAACUCGCAUCACCGAUCUGGAUUUGUGCUCUUGUAAAAUGACAAACGAUGCCAUGAUGUCUAUUUUGUUGCAUUGUGAUAAGGUAAAAUCACUCAAAUUGUCGUUCAAUGAUAUCAACCACCUGGGAAAGUUACCCGACUAUCCCAAUUUUCACAAAUUAAGUGAACUUGACCUUUCUUACAAUCAAGUGACAGAUGAUGACGCAAUGGCAGUAAUACAACAUUGCCAAAACUUGGCCAAGCUUAACUUGUCUUAUAAUUGUAAAUUAUCAAAUGAAUGUAAAAAGGAAAUCCGCCGUCUAUGCAAGGAAAUGUAUCCAUCUCUCAAGCUCAACAUAUAAAAACUUUCCUUGCACAAAUGUUAACUAGACGCUCUUAGAUCGCUUACCCGGGUCGUAUGUGGCUAAAUGCAAGCCCUGAUCGAUUGUACUGAUUCUCUUAUAAUGUGCUGCAUGUAAAUACAUAUGAUAAUUCCCAAUAAAAAUGACCUUUUUAACUUUUGAA